CAAACACAAACACAGAAGAUGUUUAAAAACACAUAUCAGAGCGGAUUCCUCUCCAUCCUUUACAGCCUCGGCAGCAAACCUCUGAGUCUCUGGGAGAAACAGGUGAAAAAUGGCCACAUUGAGAGAAUGACUGACGACGAUAUUCACUCCUUAGUGUUGGAAGUUCAAGGGGUAAACGUCAGCACCACAUUCAUCACGUGUCCCGCGGACCCAAAGAGCACACUGGGCAUCAACCUUCCUUUUCUGGUCAUGAUCAUAAAGAACCUCAAAAAGUAUUUCACUUUUGAGAUCCAGGUGUUGGAUGAUCAGAAUAUCCGGCGGCGUUUUCGGGCGAGUAACUAUCGGACCAAAACACAUGUGGGGGCGUUUAUCUGCACUAUUCCGUUGAACCUUGAUGACGGGUGGAAUCAGAUUCAGUUCAACCUUUCGGACUUCACCUCGAGGGCGUAUGGAACGAAUUAUGUUGAGACCCAGCGUGUACUGAUCCAUGCAAACUGUCGCAUUAGGAGGGUGUAUUUUUCUGACAGAUUGUACUCCGAGAAAGAACUCCCGGCAGAGUACAAACUUAAUGUCAAAAAUAAGAAUGUCAAGCGGUAA